GUGUUUCCAGAAGCGGAGAAGCAGAGUCGUGUGGCGGUUUUACUAGAGCGCCUCCAUGCCAAACACAGCGCCUCUCGUCCAUGGCAGGAGACCAGCAAGGUGGUCCGACAGGCUAUGGAGAAGCGUGGGGCGAUGCACGCAGCUGGACACCAGCUCCUCCUCACCUGCCUGGAGACCCUCCAGAGAGCCCUGAAAGUGUCUUCUCUGGCCUCUAUGACGGAUCGUCUGGAGUCCAUUGCUCGCCAGAACAUGCUGGGCUCCCACCUCUCCCCGUCGGGCACGGAGUGCUACAUCACCUCGGACAUGUUCUACGUGGAGGUGCAGCUGGAGCCGGCCGGGCAGCUGGUGGACGUGAAGGUGGCGCACCACGGGGAGAACCCAGCGAGCUGUCCAGAGCUGAUCCAGCACCUGAGGGAGAAGAACUUUGAAGAGUUCUCCAAGCAUCUCAAGGGCCUGGUCAACCUCUACAAGGUCCCUGGAGACAAUAAGCUGAAAACAAAGAUGUACCUCGCACUGCAGUCGCUGGAGCUCGACCUCACCAAGAUGAUGCACAUGUUCAGGUUAGCCACCAACGCUAACACGGUGGAGACCAUUCUCCACGGCAGUGUGGGCCUGCUGACGGGCCGGAGCGGCGGCCGCCUGGUGUCCCUCCAGUGCUACGUGUCUCCGUACGACGUGUUCGAGGAGGGCACCGGGACCCAGCUCAACCUGACGGACACCAACGUUCCCAGGAGCCUGGGCGUGAGUGUGUACGUCACCGUGGAGGGAACCUCGUCCAUCUACAAGCUGCCCAUCGCCCCACUCAUCACCGGCUCCCACCCAGUGGACAACAAAGGGACACCCUCCUUCUCCUCGGUCACCAACUCCAACUGCGUGGAUCUCCCCGUGUGUUUCUUCCUGAAGUUGAACCAACCAAUGGCCUUCUCCCUCUCCUUCAUCCAGCGCAUGGGGGCUGCAACGGGGAUCCCAGUGUUCGACAGCCCCCCAGCCCUCUCCCCUCUGUACCAGCUGAUCGUCCACAGCCAAUUACAGCGCUUGGACGAAGGAGGACCGCCCCCUAAGCCCUCGCACAACAUGCACUUCUACUCUUGUCUUCCAGACCAGCAGCACUGCUACUUCCUGAACGGCGACGCCCCCGUGCAGGACGGGCGCUCCCUGCAGGGGGCGCUGGUCAGCAAGAUCCCCUUCCGCCACCCGGCGCAGGUCCCGGCCAUCCUGGACAUCAUCCGCCACCAGGCCGCCUACAACACGCUGGUGGGCAGCUGCGUCAAGCGCACCUCCGUCAAGGAAGACGCCGCGGGGCUCCUGCAGUUUGAGGUGUGCCCCCUCACCGACUCCAGCUUCAGCGUCUCCUUCCAGCACCCGGUCAAUGAAUCCCUCGUGUGUGUGGUGAUGGAGGUGAUUGACUCUAAACAGGUGGCCUGCAAGCUGUUCAAGGGAAUGUCGGACGCCCUGAUCUGCACCGAUGAUUUCAUCACCAAAGUGGUCCAGAGGUGCAUGUCCAUCCCCGUGACCAUGAGGGCCAUCCGCAGGAAGGCGGAGACCAUCCAGGCCGACACGCCGGCCCUGUCCCUCAUCGCCAAGACGGUGGAGAUCAUGGUGAAGAACAACCUGCCGCCCUCCGGGAGCCCCUCCUACAACAUGGCGGGCGACGGGGCCAACCCCAUGGGCCUGCCCGGGCUCGCCGGGGGCAACACGCCCACGGGCGCCGGACCCCCCGGGGGCCCCAACUUCGCGGGCCCCAUCAGCACUCUGUUCGGGAUGAAUCGCGGGCCGGCCCAAGCUGGGGGGGAGUGCCUGGGGCAAGCCGGGGCAUCCGUCCAGCAGCAGCAACAGCAACAACAACAACAACAACAACAGCAGUUACAGCAAGGACAAGGUCACGUGGACGACUACAACAAGGUCACCCAGAACCCCAUCCUGACCAGCCUCCUGCAGAUCACCGGGAGCGUGGGCUCCAGCCCCAGCUCCCAAAACGCCCCCACGCAGCCCCACCAGACGCCGCCCCCCACCUCCUCCCCGGCCAGCAACACCAAGAACCACCCCAUGCUGAUGAACCUGUUGAAGGACAACCCCACCCAGGACUUUGCCGCGCUGUACGGCUCCAGCCCUCUGGAGCGGCAGAACUCCUCGUCCGGUUCCCCCCGGAUGGACGGCAUGGGCGGAGCCUGCCCCGGGAGCGGCAGCAAAGGGAAGAAGAAGCGCCCGCGGGGGACGGAGAAGGGCGGGCCGAUGCCCGGCACUCCUGGCGGCGGGGUCGGCCCCGGCGGCGGCGGCGGCCUCGGCGGGAUGGGGAUGAAGGGCCAGGGGCCGAGCUCCAUGCAGCAGCAGCACCACCACCAGCACCAGGCCACGCACGAGGACGACUUCCACCGCGAGCUCUUCUCCAUGGACGUGGACGCCUCGCAGAACCCCAUCUUCGACGUCAACCUGCCCGGCGACGGCCUGGACACGCCCCACAGCAUCACCCCGGCGCCCAGCCAAUGCGGGACCCCGCCCUCGGGCCCGGUGGUGCCCUACCACGCCCAGCCCCACGUCCAAUCGCAGCAGCAGCAGCAGCAGCAGCAGCAGCUGCAGCCCGCCAUGCCCCCCCGCAUGGUCCGCCUGUCCAGCUCGGACAGCAUCGGCCCGGACAUCACGGAGAUCCUGUCGGACCUGCCCGAGCAGACGGGUAAGGGCGGCGGCGGCGGCGGCCCGGGCCAGCACCACAUGGGCAGCGGGGGGGAGGACGGCGGGCCCCUGGACACGCCCAUCCGGGACUCUUCGAGCUCGGGCCAGGGCAGCGCCGUCUUCGACUCGGCGGACAUCUUCAACACCAACAGCAACGAGAUCCCCUUCACGGACGCGGCGGACCUCAUCGCGGACGCCACCGCCACGGCCGACACGCCCACCAGCGGCGACUCCAACUUCUUCCCCGACGCCGCCGACUUCAACCCGGACCUGCUGACGUCCGGCCACGGCUUCUCCCAGCGGUACUUCGACGACAGCUCGCCGAGCGCCGACGGGGACCUGGACCUGGUCAAAGGCUUCGGGGGGAGCAGCCAGCAGAACACGCCGUCCGGGACCCCCCAGAACCCCGCGCCGCACGACCAGAGCACCCCGGAGCCCUCCAUGAAGGACCCGUUCGACAUCGGCAUGGUCUUCGGCGGGGGGAACAGCGGCGGGGGGAAGCCCCUCCUGGUGCAAGCGCCCGAUUUGGGGGACGCCCACUCCGCCCACGGGGGCGUUGGAGGCAGCCAGAGCCCGCUCAUGAUGGCGCUGCCGGGAGCGGGAGGCGACUUCAAGAACGCAGAAGCUAAAGUGAAACAACAACAGCAGCAGCAGCUGCUGCAACAGGGACUCAUGAGACCCAAGGAGGAGGGCGGAGGAGGAGGAGGAGGAGGAGGAGGAGGCUCCUCUGGGAUGGGCAUGUGUGGCGGGGGCGGCGGCGGCGGCAUGGGGGAAGGGAAACAGGUCAAGCGCAGCAGGACACCGUCCAGCGAGGGCAAGUCCAAAGAAAAGCUGCCCAAACGCAAGAAGCUGGACACCGACGGGAAGUCCCCCUCCCACAGCUCCGGGGGCCGGCCGUACACGCCCCCCAGCGGGGGGUCCGGCUCCGGGGGGAGCAUGGGCGGCGGCGGCGGCUCAAAGUCCCCCGGUAGCUCGGGGGGCCGCUCGCAGACCCCCCCCGGGGGCGCCACCCCGCCGAUCCCCAAGAUCACCAUUCAGAUCCCCAAAGGGACGCUCUCCGGGGGGAAGACCUCGUCCCACGGGGGGUACACCUCCAGUAGCUCCGCCUCCAGCAGCGCUGUGGGGAUGGGGGCGGGCAGCGGCGGCGGCAAAGGCCAUCACACCCACUCGUCCUCUUCCUCCGGCAAGAUCAAGACCAAGGAGGGAGCCAUGGCCCAGGGCAGCAGCUCCAAGCCCGGCGGGGGGGGGAUGGGGCCGGGGCAGUCCCAGUCCAAAGGGUCCUCUCAGGGAAUGGGGGUCAAGCCGGGGUCUUCCCCCAUCACCAAGCACGGGCUGACGGGACCGGGGGGCGGCGGGGGAGGGAUCGGCAGCAGUAACAAGAUGAAACCUCUAGGGGGCAAGCCCCCCGGGUCGCUGAUGAACCCCAACAUGAAGCCCAACAUCUCCCCCUCGCACUCCCGCUCCGGCAGCUCCGGGGAGAAGCUGUCCUCCCCCAUGAAGAUGCAGCAGUCCGGGGUCCCCGGGACCCCGCCCUCCUCCAAGGCCAAGUCCCCGAUGGGCUCCGGGGGCGGCGGCAGCUCGGGGGGGUCCAAGUCAUCCUCCGGGGGCGGGAUGGGGUCCCAGAAGCCGAUGGGAGGGGGCUCGUCCUCCGGCAACAUGUCCACCUCCUCCUCGUCCGGCUCCUCCUCCGGCUCCAUGGCCUUCUCCGGCGGGUCGCAGUCCCAGUACGGGGGAGGAGGGGGUGGAUCGGGGGGAGGAGGUGGAGGGCAAGGGGGAGGUGGGGGGAACAGCGGCGGAGGAGGUGGUGGAGGGGGAGGAGGGAGUGGGGGAGGUGGUGGCGGUGGGGGAGGCAGCAGCGGUGGAGGGGGAAACCAGAACAAUGCAAACAACCCAAACGCCAAAGGGAAGUCCCCCAGCCGCAACAAGAAGCCGUCCCUAACGGCGGUCAUCGACAAGCUGAAGAGCGUGGGGGGCGGCGGGGUCGGGGAGGACGGCUGCGAGGUGGGGCCCCCGACGGGCGGCCCCGCGGGAGCGGCACCGGGACCGGGUCCGGGGAACGUGCCCAACAGUGCACCCCCGAACAUGGGCCCUUCGAAGCACCCCAUGUCCUCCCAAGGGGGCGACUACAAGCGGGAGAAGUCCGAGAAGGAGGCCAAAGCCAAGGUUUCGGUUCCGGGCCCCGGUGGGGAUAAAAAGCUGAUGGACACCAAGUCGGCCGGGGGUGUCCCCGGAGCCGGCCUGGCCAAGAUCAUCAUCAGCAAGCCGGACGGCGGCUCGCCAAGCAUCAAGGCCAAGGUGAGCCUCCAGAAGGCCGGCGAGGGCGGCGGCGGCGGUGGCGGCGGCGGCAUCGGCGAGUCCAUGCGCCCGCAGAUCUCCAGCCUCAAGGCCUCGCCCCUCUUCAGCGGCUCCACCCCGAGCAACAGCCGCUCGCCGGGAUACACGCCGCUCAACCACGACAGCGAGAGCGAGUCGGGCAGCAGCUCGGUGGCGGAGAAGUCCCACCAGAACAGCCCCAGCUCGGACGACGACCAGAGCAUGCGGCCGCACGCCCCGCAGGACUUCAUGGGCUCCAUGCCGCUGAGCUCCGGAGAGAAGCACAAGAAGCACAAGAAGGAGAAGAAGAAGCAGAAGGAGAGGGAGCGCGAGCGGGAGCGCGAGAGGGACCGCGAGAGGGACCGCGAGAAGGAGAAGAAGAAGUCCUCCAUGUCGAUGGGGCCCUCCGCGCACCCCAUGAAGCCCGACAGCUGGUCCCGCUCGCCCAUCUCGGCCUCGGACUCGUCCAUCUCCAUGAUGGGCCCCGAGAGGCCCCCCAGGCCCAGUCCCGUGUACAUACGAAACGAGGACGACGACCUCAUGGACUCUGCCCUCACCGGCAACCUUUAACCUUUUAACCCUCUCGUUUGACUUUUUAAAAAGUGUUGUUUGUUCUUUCCCAGCGCAUGCCAUUCUACAGAGAAAUCAAAGUAUCUAUUUACUGAGCUGCCACUGAGUUAAUAGUAGGAACCGGUUUAUUCCAAGAGUCCCUCUAUGCAAGAUGAAAUUUGCGGAGUGUCUGGAUUUGGGGGGGGUAAGCCCCUCCACUUAGCUGACUAAAUCCAAAGGGGCGUGGUUUAACGUGAAGCUCCACUCACCAUAGCAACGCCCUCCCAAGUUGCAUCGAGGGGAACUUGUAUUUUCCUGAAGUAUUAAACCCCACUGAUGCUCUAUUUUUAAAGGGUUAUUUUUACAACUGAUCUGUGCAUAGUAUGAAUGAGAGUUUAACUGCAAUGCAAAUUUUAAAUCCAAAAAGGUGGUGGUACAUCACCACCUUCCUGUCUUAAACCGCUCAACGAGGAUUCCCAGUUCCUCAAGUUUCAUUGGGGGAAAAGCUUCUUACAGUAUAUUUUUAAAACGUUAAGAUCUAUCUCUUUGUUGUCUUCUGUGUUUAUUAUUUUUAUUAUGAUUCAUUUGUAGUUCGAUGUUGUGGGCCCUUGUCAACCAUCACUUUUAAUGGAAGUGAGACAUUUUGUUUAAAAAAGAUGUUUGUUAUAUAAAAAAAAAGUAUUCGAAAGCGAUGCGUUUGUUUUGUUCUUUUUCAUGCAACUAGGAAUUUGUAAAAGCUUUCAAAAAUGUACUAUUGAUUAGAGACUACUGUAAACUGAGGAAACCAAAUGUCCAACUUUUAAAGGACCCAUGGCAUGAAAAUUUGAAUUACUACUUCAGCCUUCGUAACUUGGUCAAUUGUUUAUCGUUAACUUUCGUUCAAAGGUUUAACCAAUCAAGACACUGGUAUCUUCAAUCAUUUGUAAACAGAAUUUCGAUUUUUCAUAAUCACAGUUUAAGUUCCAUAUUGGCUUCGUUUUCAGUUGGUCUCAAUGAUUUACGCUGAGGCAAGAGAGCGAGGACGUGCUGGCAGUGUUGCCAGAUUGGGCAGUUUUUCCCGCUCACUUGGACUACCUUUUACGACGUUCAGGCAGAGUUGCUAGAUUGGGCGAUUCUCCCGCCCAAUUGGAAUACUUUUAAUCACGUUAGGCUGAAAAAAUGAGCAUUAGGCGAGUACAUACAGUUUCAGCUGUUUAAAAAAAAAAAAAUGGCGGGUUUAUUAUAAUUCUUUCUACAAGCUCAAUCAAUACCAUACCUUUCAUAUGGCAUAUCGUUUGUGCAGCUAGUACCACUAUUACUUCAGCUACUUCUACUUCAGCGACGACUACUUCUACUUCUACUUCAGAUACUUCUACUACCAUUACUACUACUACUACUACUACAGAUAAUACCACUAUUACCAUACUAUCUUCCAGCUUUGACAGUAUUACAGUUUAGCUUCCAUCUUUUGUCACAAUGUAUUUCAGCACUUUGCUUCUUCAGAUAAUGCUAUUCAGCUUCUGUCAUUUGACCUUUCCGAUUUUCCGCAGUGCAGGGCACUACAUUUGACCUUUCUGAUUUUCAGCAGUGCAGGGCAAUACAUUUGACCUUUCAGAUUCUUCAGAUCAAUUCCUUUUACAUUUCCGAAUUUUUAGCAAUGCUUUGCUCUUUUCAGUCCGUUGUCACUAUUUUUUUCCAACCAUUUAAAUUUUUGUUAUAUGGUGUGCAUAUUUACAUUGUUUACUCCAUUUAGACUUUUGAACUCUGUUCAAAUCCCUUCACUUAAUUUAAGCCAUUUAACGUUUCUUUAUGUCCUAUUCUACGUGGCUUUAUUAAAACAUUUUCAACCUCACUUUGUACUACAGCAUUCACCGCAUUUUCUGCAGGAAAUGCAUUUUCUUGUUUUAGAUUGUUAUCUUUACAUAUUUGAACUGUUACUGGAAGGACAUUCCAGCUGUGCUUCUAUGUUUACCAACAGAGAGCUGAGCUCUGGAGAAACAUCUGCUAAGAUUUAACUGAAGACACGGUAAGAGUCAUCGGCUGAACACACAAAAACAUUCAGUUGGCUCACUGCAGUUGUUAAUCACCCAUAUGCUUUAUUAACAAGUAUAAUAGAUAAGUAAGACAUCUAUAUUCAGUUGUAAGUCAUCACAACAGGAACAUCAUCAGCCUUUCCUAAAGGCUACUUGCAUUUAUUAAUAUCAAAUCUGCUUUAAAUCAUUUUCCUUUUUAAAUAUAUUUUCCAUUUUCAUUUGUUGAAACCUGCUUUGUUAACCAUAUGGAGGAUCUCUCAUGCUCCUUUUUUCAGAAUCCAGAUAAAAUGCGGCAUUUGGAAUAAAGCUGUAUGCAAGUAUUUAAUUCAACACAAAUAUAAAAGUGGUAUAUCUCUCCGUGGGUCCAGAUGCAUCUAAUCCAAAUACCUUGUCCUCACAAACGUGCAUGAUACAUUUUAUACAACCCCCUGCUCACUACUAAAUUACUAUUACUAUGUGUAUGUUCCAAAUUUAAUUUAACCUAAAGCUUCUACACGUUUCACUCAGAAAAUGAAAAAUAAGUAUUGACGUAGUAAAUUAAAUCAUUAUUGUUAAAUCGUUAUUCCAAGAGGUAACGAUUGUCAUAUAGGCCUACAAAAAGUCCAACAGCAAAACAAAACCAGGUAACAGGGAACGUGGUACAAAUAAAAAGAAAAUGGAUCUCUACGGGUGCACCCAUUUUUCUUUUGGAGCGUCCACGUCCCUUGGAGUCAAGGUUCCUCUUGGGCCAUUGAAGAAUUCUGGCGUGGGGUUGCUAAUCCGUGAUGGAGCUGAUAUUAAAGUCAUCAAUAUGAUGUUAACAUAUUAUAAUAAUAUAUAAUAUAUCUAUUUUUGUCAUUCUUCGUGGAUUUGUAAUUUAAUCUGAACAUAGCCAAUAUCCUUUGGAUUGCAAAUAUAUUUGAAAACUGUGGAUGGCAGCAAGGUGAAAUUGACCGAACUUAAAUUAACUGAAAAUAAUAUUAUUCAUUACUCUGUACUAAACAGUGGGAAUAAUCAAUAAUAAAUCAACAAUCUUU